GCGCACGGGUGUCAGUUGGCUCCAGCAGCCCUCCUCCUCAGCCGUCGCUCCUCCGCUCCUGCUUUUUUUUUUCUUUUUUCGGUUUUUUUCUUUCUUUUUUUUCUUUCCUCCUCCUCUCCGUCAGUUGGGCGCGCGGCGGCGUCUCGCGGAGCAGGAAUUUGGGGAGUGGAGCUCGGACUGUUUCUCCUGACGGGACUGAGAAGGAGUGGAGCUCCGCGGAGCUCCGGGUUUUGCAGUUUCUCUCCUGGUUUUUGUGUUUUUUGGUGAUUUUUUUUCUCCUCCUGGAAGGAUGUGGUCCUGGUCCUGGUCCGGCUGUCAGGAGGUCUGAGGCGCAGAGCUGCCACUUCUGGAUUUCCUCUGGUUCUUGUUGGAAUUUGGAUUAUUUUCUCCCAGGGUUGUUCUGGUUCUGGUUCUGGUUCUGCUGAGGCUGACAGGAUGCCGGGGACUCUCCAGCCUCCACAUCUCUCACUCUGAGACAACCUCGCUUCUUUCUGCUCUCUGGACCUAAACUCCGCGUUUUUCUCCUGUUUUGGCCGUUUUUUAUAUUUUAAUCUCCUUCAGAUUAUCUGUCGAGCCACCUCCUAAGGAUGCGUAGUGGAUUGCUGUUGUUCCUUCUCACCCAGGUCCUGUCGGUGUCUUGUUUGGCUCAGACCGAUAAAUGCGGGGACCACAUCGUGGUCCACGCCCCGGACUACCUGACCUCCCCGGGUUAUCCCAGCGCCUACCUGUCCUCCCAGCUCUGCAGGUGGGUCAUUACCGCCCCCGAGGCUGGCCAGAGGAUCCUCAUCAACUUCAACCCGCAUUUUGAUACGACUACGUGGAGGUGCGAGACGGCGUGGACGAGAGCGGUCAGCUGGUAGGGAAGUACUGUGGGAAAAUCGCCCCCUCGCCGGUCGUCUCCUCGGGUAAUCAACUGUUCAUCAAGUUUGUGUCUGAUUACGAGACCCACGGAGCAGGUUUCUCCAUCCGAUAUGAGAUCUUUAAGACAGGUGAGUCGCAAAAUGAUAGUGUUAUGAAAUCGAGGUGAUUUAAAAUAAUGCAAGAUACUAAAAUGUUAAUAUAGAGUUAAGCAAAUGAUUAUUGUCACUCAUGAAUCCAUUCUUUUGAAUGCUGUGGAUUUAGUGUUUAUACCUUUACUGUUGAAUUUAAGUUCUAGUGUUUCAGUUCAUGAUGCUCAGCUCACGCCACAAAUAAUUUCCUGUAUCACCUCAAGGCACUUUGUCCCAGGGGCGGAUCUAGGGGCGGG